AUGGCGACUUUAUUGCCCCCUCCUAGCAAGCGCCAGAAGGUUGCCCAGGCAGAGAAAGCCCGGGAGCAGCAGGAGAUUCAGAGCAUUCCUAGCGAUCUUGGCAGCAUUCGUGUCCAGUUCUUCGACCAGGCCACCGGCAAUGCCACUGGUCCCGCGGUCUCGGUCCCCGUGGCCGAUGCCAAUGUUAAGAACCUGGAGACGCUCUUGAACACCUUGCAAGGAAAUGACGAUGAUGAUGAGCGCGUGCCUUACCGCUUCACCUACCAGUCCGAUAAAGAAGGCCAAACCAUCGACAUCCUCGCCAAUUUGUAUCACUCGCUUCUCCAGCCUGGAGUCAAAACUACCGAAGACACAGUCCCACUUUUCUUUACACCACAGGCGGUAUUCCGCGUCAAGGCCGUUUCGCGAUGUGCUGCCUCCAUCGCCGGACACGGCGAGGCCAUCCUAGCCACGUCCUUCUCCCCAGUCUCAUCGUCGACAAUGGUUUCUGGAAGUGGUGAUUCCACUGCCCGAGUUUGGGAUUGUGAUACUGGAACCCCACUGCACACUCUCAAGGGACAUACCAGCUGGGUGCUGGCUGUCGCCUACUCUCCGAACGGCGCCAUAAUUGCAACCGGUAGCAUGGAUAAUACAGUGCGGUUGUGGGAUGCGAAGAAGGGACAGGCUCUCGGAGGCCCAUUGAAGGGCCACGCGAAAUGGAUUACCAGUCUGGCAUGGGAGCCGUACCAUCUGCAAGAGUCUGGGCGGCCCCGUCUGGCGUCGGCGUCCAAGGAUUCGACCGUACGCUUAUGGGAUGUGGUGUCGAAGCGAAUUGAGUCUGUAUUGACGGGUCACAAGGGUUCUGUGAGCUGCGUUCGAUGGGGUGGAACUGGACAGAUCUAUACUGCGUCUCACGACAAGACUAUCAAGAUUUGGAAUCCCAAGGAGGGUACCCUAAUUCAGACCCUGUCGGCGCAUGCUCACCGCGUUAACCACCUGGCUCUAUCGACUGACUUUGCUCUUCGCACUGCCUACCACGAUCAUACCGGCAAGGUCCCCGCAUCGGAAGCCGAGAAGGUUGCUGCAGCACGGAAGCGCUUUGAGCAGGCUGCGACAGUCAACAACAAGAUUGUCGAGCGCUUGGUGUCAGCUAGUGAUGACUUUACGAUGUACUUGUGGGAGCCUUCCAGUUCCAACAAGCCCGUUGCCAGAUUGCUUGGUCACCAGAAGGAGGUGAACCACGUCACCUUCUCGCCUGAUAUGUCCUACAUUGCCUCGGCCGGAUUUGAUAACCAUGUCAAGCUGUGGAAUGGCCGCGACGGAAAGUUCAUUACUACAUUCCGUGGCCAUGUAGGCGCUGUCUACCAAUGCGCUUUCUCUGCCGACUCCCGACUCCUGGUUUCAGCGUCCAAGGACACCACCCUGAAAGUCUGGGACGUCCGCACAGGUAAAUUGUCGACAGAUCUCCCAGGACACAAGGACGAGGUUUUCGCGGUCGACUGGAGCCCUGACGGAGAGAAAGUUGGUAGCGGCGGUAAGGACAAGGCGAUUCGUAUCUGGCGAAACUAA